AUGUCCAUAACUCGAAUAGUAGCUGAUGACUCUAAUUCGGAGCCAAAGAAGGCUAGAAUGGAGAUCCGAUCGGCGCUGAGUUUUUCAGACGAGGAUAAGGUGGGAACCAUCCAACCACACGAUGAUGCUUUGGUGGUCAACCUCAGAAUAGGGGAUCUGACAUCCUAUGAUUCACCUUUGGUGAGCUUCGAUGGGAAGGUUGUCAUCCCGAAGGGCCAAAUUAGGUUACCCGUGCAGGCAGGUUCAAAAGUGGUUGAAGUGGAUUUCAUUGUAGUGGAUGCAUACUCUCCUUAUACGGCCAUUAUGGCAAGGCUCUGGCUUUAUGCCCUAGGGGCCAUUUCUUCAACUCUGCAUUUGAAAGUAAAAUAUCCAUCAGGGGACUGGGUUGAGGAGCUGUCAAAGUCUUCGGCAUUACCUGUAGACGGGCAAGCCAAUGAGGCGAAGUGUGAGGAUUUAGAGAAAUUUGCCAUAGGUAAUGAUCCAGAGAAGUUUUUCCAAGUUGGGGCUCAGCUACCGCCUCAGGAGAAGGUAGAGCUGGUGGAAUUUCUCAAGACAAACGUUGAUGUGUUUGCUUGGAAUGCCUACGAAGCUCCUGGGGUGGAUCCGAGCUUCAUCUGCCAUCAUUUAAACGUCAAUCCAUCUGUCACCCCUAGGAAACAACCACCUCGGCACUCAUCUAAGGAUCAUUCUGAUGCUGUCAGGGACGAGGUGAUGAAGUUUAAGCAGGCUAGGGCUAUUAAAGAGGUGUUCUACCUUGAAUGGCUGGCUAAUACAGUGGUGGUAAAAAAGAAAACUGGGAAGUGGCGUGUAUGUGUAGAUUUUACGGACUUGAAUAAAGCCUGCCCAAAGGACCCCUUCCCCAUACCUCGGAUUGAUCAGCUGGUAGGCACAACAGUAGGCCAUCCUCGGAUGAGCUUUUUGGACGCUUUUCAAGGCUACCAUCAGAUAUCUUUGGCUCUAGAUGAUCAAGAGAGGACAACCUUUGUUACUCCUAUCGGGAAUUGCCAUUACAAGGUGAUGCCCUUUGGUUUAAAAAAUGCGGGCGGCCUUUUCAGCUUGAGCCUUGGUCUUUUCGACCUCCUCUAG